CGCCCUCUUGGUGAAAUUCACAAUGAUAAUAAUUGUCGCGCAAUCUCCUGAGUUCACAUGACAUACUGAAAGGAAGCAUUUCCGGUAUCAUAGCUGUCUGGAUUGAACUAUUAAACCAACACGAUAUUGAUAAUUACGGAAUUACGGAAUUCCGCCGUUGCCCAUCAUUUGAUCAACAUCAAUGUACAUUUUGAAAAUUACUUACUUUAUCUCCUGGGAAUUCAAUUCUAAGACUCUUUUGUCUCUUUCUAGAUCUUUGUCUGCGUCACAGUGUAACCUUAUCUAUGUUUUUUCCGCCGUUUCUAAAACCGAAUAAUCCCAAACCUAGAUAUUGGUCACGUAUCUCUGACAGACACUAAAUAUAUCAUCCAAUUGAAACACAGGGAGUUUGGUAGAUAUCAGAUCGAGUAGGUGUGCGUGCAUGAUGAGUUGUUUGACAUAGUUUCCUGGGAAAGUUUGUAUAGGAAACUUCUUCGCAGAAAGACAGUUUUCUAUCGUAUUAAACCAUUGAGACAAAAAGAAGCACAGUUAAUUCAAGACAGGCGAAAUUGUAGGUCAAGAUGUCUUUUCACUUUCUCCGUUCAGGUUCAAGUAUCAUUCAAUGCCAAGUUGUUUUACUCGACAAUUCGCAAUUCAUUACAUCAUUUGAGCAGAAGACAGUGAAGGGAAGCGAGUUGCUCGAUAGAGUAUGCGACAAGAUCCAAGUGCCUAUCAAUUACAAGCAGUACUUUGGGCUUCAGUACAUUGACCGUGAAGAUGGCGAAUUGGUGUGGUUGAACCUCGAGAAAGAACUCUCUCCGCAACGAAAAUCCAAACCGCUGUUGUAUCAGUUCGCCGUGAAAGUGUUUCCGCGGGAUCCUCUUAAAGUGGAGGAAAACUUGCGAUGGCUCAUUUUGCUUCACGUAAAAGCUCUAAUUAACCGUGGAAAGUUUUCCCUCCCUGUUGGCAAACAUGCCAUGAUUGAUGGAUUCUACGUGCAAGCCAUGCUUGGAGAUUUCAGUAGCAAGCGACACAAGCCUGGAUAUUUAGAGGAACUGCUAGAUUUACUUUACUUUCCACCCACAGGUAUCAACACUGAUGAGAACAUUAGCGAGGAAAGUUACGAAGUAAUGGUCAAAGAUUUGCAUAAAUCACAUCGCGGGAUGACCCGCGAGGAGGCGGUGUCUGCGGCCCUCGACGUUUGCAAGGAACUUGAUAACUACGGAGCCUGUAUGCACUAUGGAAUAAGUGAUCGCAAUGGAGAAGAAGUUGUGUUCUGUAUUACAAUGGAUGGAAUGCGCAUUUGCCAUUUGAAGAGUAAAUUUCCUGAAGUGGGCGAGUUAUGUUAUAGUUUCCAGUGGCGUGACAUCAUCUCAAUGUUCUGUGAUAACGCAAAGUUUUAUAUGUACGUGGGGGAAAUUAAAGAAAAACAAGAGUCCACCUGUCACGUGUUUCGCUUCAGCAAAGGCCUUUUCGCUCACAAGGCAGCUCAACGCCUCUUGACAGACGCUGAAAAUCACCAAAAGUUCUUCUUUGAAGACAACCCUGAAAGGGCAACCCUCAUUAGAAGCCGUUCUUUGGAGGUGCAGUCUUUAAAUAAGAUUCGCAAUGGAUCACUACUAUCUGCUAAGUUGAAUCUUUCCUUCAGGAAGCCAAUACCAAAGUGAAAUAUCUACAAAUCAACUUUGAGACCUCUUCUUGACUUUCGAUACUCUGGAUAAAAGUGACUGAAUCAAAUCAGUCGAACAAUCGUUUCAAGUCCUUUCAUGGUAUAAAGAUACAUUGCGAUUCAACCAGUAAAUGCACCGUUUAAAGAACCCUUUUUUGUUCCUAACAUCGGACAAUAUUGACCAAAAUCUGAUGCAUACACGUGAUCAGUGAAGCAGAGAUGCGGGACAAGUCAAGAAAUUUCUGCAUAUUCAGACUUUGAGAGUGAAAUAACGCUCGUUUAAAUAACACAAUAGGUUGAAUUACCUCAGUAGUAAGCAAGAUCAAAAAGCUUUCUUCGUUAAAUAUAAGUUGGCACUGAUAACCUGAUGAUGCACUGCAGUUAAAUCAUGUGUCUUACGAAAUUUAUGAAGAGUUUAUAGUGCGUUCUUGCUCAACUCCACGACAUGUUGAUUCACAGAAAAAUCAUGCUGAACUGACAGUUAUUCCAGAAUGAAUUGCUUUCUUGUAAAAUAGACCGUUAGUCCUGAAUGUACAAAUAUUUCUGGCGGGAUUAACCGUUUGAUUUAUGGAAAUCGCACUUGAAUAGUUUAACGCGCAGGCGGCCCAAGUUCAUGAAACAGAUACCCCACUUAUAAGGAUUAACGUGGAAGCUUAACGAUAUUUGAAAAGCAACAAACCCGAAUUAACGAUAAAGCGCCGAAACCGGUUAUUAAUGACUCAAGACGUUCACAAGCAACAAAGAACAAAACAAUGCAAACAGAUUAGUGAAUUCUAUUCAUGCCUCCGAAUGAAGGCAAUGUGUAAAUAUAUGUUAAUGCAUUUUUAAAUACUAAACUUAGUAAAUGUAUAACUUGUAAAUAAAUAAAGGCUGAUAGUUUCGAAAGAAA